AUGGAGGACGUGGUCGCCAAGUACGUCUCUCAGAAGGUCAGCAAGACCCGCUGGCGGCCCAUCCCCGCUCCCGCCCUACAGCCUCCCGAGGUCUUCGCCACCGGCUCGUGGGACAACGAGGAAAAUAAUAUUUCCAUUUGGUCUAUUGGAGACUUUGAAGGCUUGGGCCUGAGUGGAGACUAUCAUGGAGAACCACAUCUGCUAUGUGAUAUCCAACAUAGUGGUGAUGUUAUGGAUUUACAGUUUCUGGAUCAGGAGAGAAUUGUGGCUGCUUCAUCCACUGGAAGUGUGACUAUAUUCAAGCAUCAUCAAAAUAACGAGACUCUGUCUCUAAGCCGGAAAUGGGAGAAGGCACAUUACUAUAAUCCAUCAUGCAGUAGUGCAUCAUGCACCGGGAUAAUCUGUAAUAGCCCUGAAAUCUUUACUGUUGGCGAAGAUGGCAAAAUAAAUUUGUUCACAGCUGAACGUACGGAUGCUGUUCGUACAAUAGACAAUGCUGACAGUAGUACUCUCCAUGCUGUUACAUGUCUUCGCAUAACUGAGAUCCUGACAGUUAAUUCAAUUGGUCAGCUCAAAAUAUGGGAUUUCAGACAGCAAGGAAAUGAGCCAUCACAAAUAUUUUCAUUGACUGGAGAGAGAGUCCCCCUACACUGUGUUGAUCGGCAUCCCAAUCAACAACACAUUGUUGCUACAGGUGGCCAAGAUGGAGUGUUGAGUAUUUGGGAUGUAAGGCAAGGAAGCAUGCCAGCUUCCUUACUAAAUGCUCAUGAAGCAGAACUGUGGGAAGUGCACUUCCAUCCUUCCUGCCCUGACCAUCUGUUCACUUGUUCAGAAGAUGGAUCUCUGUGGCAUUGGGAUGCAUCCAUGGAUGUGUCUGGAAAAAAAUCUCUGCUGCAUACAGGUGGGAGAAGCAUUACAUUUGUGUCUCACAAUGCAGUUAACCAGUCUAUAAUAACCCCGUGGCUAAGCAAUGAUCCAACUAAAGACCGCAUAGAGACUACCAAUUUAAUUUCAAGUCCAACACUACCUGUUAAUAGUUUAGAUGUUUUAGGAUCAUGUCUUGUAUAUGGAACUGAUGCAGAAUCUAUUUAUGUUAAAAAAAACCUCUUUGCAUGAUUUUUAUUUAACUAAACUGUCAAAAUGCU